UUUCAUCCAGUCGCAGGCUGUCUACGGUCCACUGAUAAAUAGAAUUACCUUGGCAUAGUGCGGGGCUAAUAGACGACCAGUGUCGACGGCGGUGAUUGUCGUGAAAAGUGGAAAAACGGAAAAGCCUUAAAAGCGUCCAUUUCCUUCGAUUGUGUACUUGCGAGGGUGGCAUGUUGACUAAGUGUCGAGUGUCGCGUGACACGAGAUGACCGGACAUAGUCGGCUCUGAUUCGUUGUGAUUCCUUUAGGACGCAAUCUAGUUAAGGACUCGGUGCAGCGAGGAGGUGGCGUGAGUGGCGUGAUUUCCGAGCCGAUACAGAGCAGAUACAAGUCGAAGAUACGCGUCGAACCAAUACUCAUAACGAGAAAACUCUUCCGUUUGAGUUUCCAUUAAACUUAAGUGAGUUAGGAGCGAGUGGUGUUAAAGGGAACAGGAAGCAGCCUGAAGGAUUCUCGAAGGAUGCCGUUGGAUAAGUUGACUGUUUCAAUCCUGUGCCUGUACAUUGCCUGCGUAGGAUGUAUAGAGGAAGAUUGUAUAGAUUUCCAAGGAAAUUCAGUUAAUCAUGGAAUGCUUUAUGUGCCUGGUCCUGGUGUCUGUAGUCUAUGCGUUUGCUAUCAUUCUGAACCACUUUGGUGCAAAGCAAUUUAUUGCGACCCGCCUUAUUUUUGCAAAAACUUUAGGAUAGGACAAAAAUGUUGUGAAUUUGAGUGCCUGGAUCCUCCAGGUGAAGGAAACAUGUAUGAGGCGCGCUUGAGAAAGAAAGCCGAAAUUCUAGCUGGUAACAGCACUAGCUCCCGACACGACCAUAGGAUGGGAGUUUACAAAUCGUUGACACUGCUGUUCCCAUUCAUCGGAUGCCGACUUUUCCUGACGUAACUGGGAGUCCCAGCACUAGAAAAUUUCAACUCUUAAGAUUUUAAUCUCUCUUGACGACAUUUUGCAUUAAACAUUGCAUGAAUUUAAAAACUAUUUUCGAAUUUACACCCCAACUUCGCUGGGUAAAUAAAAAACUAACCUGUUAAACGUAGGUAGAUCCAAUUGAUUAGUGGCUUUAAAUAAAAAAAGAAAGUUCAACAAAUUUUCCAAUGAUCCAAAAUAAUUAUGAAUACGAAUUUUGAUAAUAAGCCAAACAAUUUUGAUCGCUUGACCACACCAUUGUGAUUUUUUAAAUACAUAAAAUAUGAACUUUAAAGUAGAAUUUCUUAAAAUAGCAUAUCACUAAUUGUAAGGUCCAUUAUGAUAAAUAUAAGAGUUCAUUUUAUACUUAGAUAAUUCGAUCAAAUUGCAUGGAACCAAUAUCAUAGAUAGAAUAGCGUCUAAGAAAGACAGACCUUUUGAAAUUGACAAUAUCAAAAAGUGGUAACCCCAUUUCGAACGAAAUUAACAAAUAUAUAUUAUAAUUUUAAUAUAAAUUAUAAUUUUAAUUCUUAUAAUGCAUUGCCUAAUUUUUAAUUACAUCGCAAAAUUGUUCAACCAGGCUGUCAUGGUUUAACUGAAAUAUUAGCGAAAAUAAAAUUAAGGCGGGUGUGAAGCAGGAUACGGGAUGUCUAGGGGAAAAUAUUAUAGUAUGACAUUAAACAUUGAAAAGAUGAUCCUUAUCAUUAAUUCACAAAUGAAAUUCCGACCGAAAAUAUAGUAAUUUCAUUUUCAAACCGAAUUUCUGCUUGGGUACUGAAGUGAAAAUAAGUAAUAGUAGGUUUACGUAAAAGAAAAUAUCGUAAUUAACCGUAAAAAACAAAAUUAGAAAAAAAAAUAACAAAACAACUGGUACUUGUAUAGAAUUACACAAUUUAUAUUUCCUCCAAACAUAAAUGUCUCAAUUUAAGGAGAACAUCGUAAUUGAAAUGGAAAUCACAAUGGAAGUAUUAUAAUAACGAUAAGAUUUGGAGAAACUAUUUUCCAAAAAAUGACUCACUGCAGAAGGUAGCUUAGUACUAUUUGAAAUUAUCAAUAUGUAAUUACGAUAUUUUUGGCCUAUGUAAAUAAACUACAUAUAAGAGCUCUUUGAAAGAUUUUUCAAAACUACUUUAUUUAUGAAAUCGAAUGGAUAAUAUCUUUAUGUUUAUUUAAGAUAUGGAGACCUUUGGGUGUUAUGUACAAAAAACGUGAUUCAAACUUGUCGAAAAAUGUCAGAUACUAUCGGUAUAGUAUUCCGCAAACAUCAGAUGAACCUGAGCAUUUUUUUAAUUUUGCCUAAAUUUUUAAUGUACAGUUUCAUCUAAAAUUUCUGUUAUUUUACACGAUUUUAAUGCAAAAAAUAUCACCAGAAUGCCCAUGGAUAAAUAAACGCCAGCAAAAUUUAGAUCUAGUUUUUUAGUUCGGGUGUAAAAUGGGACACGUUGCUUAGGCACGUGAGAAAAUAUUUUUAAUUGAAUUUGGGGAAUGUAAUAAGGGUGAAAUCAAGCCUAAUUGUGAUAGAUUGCAUAGACGCGAAGCAGCAUUUGGGAAAUGCAUAUAUAGUUUUAGAAUAGUUGUUAUCAUGUAAUGUACGUACGGUCCCGCUUACCAAAUGAUAAAACGAAAAUGAAGAAGAUAGUUCUAUGAUGAUCUAAAAUAUAAACGCAUUCUCUGAUAGCUCAAAAACACUAGGACCAGGUUUGCACUGAAAUAGUUAGAUUUUUUUUUUAUUUUUUGCUUAAAAUUAACAUUUAAGUUAUUAUUUUCCUUUAACGUUGAAAUAAAAAAAGGGAGUUAACUCAA